UACGGAUACUAUCUCCACAUUGGUUGUUCGAUCAUCACCAAUCUUUGGCCACAGGCUAAAAAGAUGGCUUUCGAUCUCAAGCUAACCGCAUGCCUCCUCCUCGCCGUCUUCUCCCUCGCCGCCGCCGCCGACUGCGAGUGCCAGCCCAGCGACGAAGGCCACGACGCGGCCAAGUCCCGGACGCUCAAGGUCAUCGCCAUCUUCUGCAUCCUCGUGGGCAGCUCAGCGGGGUGCGCCAUUCCGUCGCUCGGCCGGAGGUUCCCGGCGCUCCGCCCGGACACGAGCCUCUUCUUCGCCCUCAAGGCGUUCGCCGCCGGCGUCAUCCUCGCCACGGCGUUCGUGCACAUCCUCCCGGUGUCCUUCGACAAGCUCGGCUCGCCGUGCCUCGUGGACGGGCCGUGGCGGAAGUACCCGUUCACGGGGCUCGUCGCCAUGCUCGCCGCCGUGGCCACGCUCCUCCUCGACACGAUCGCCACGGGCUACUUCCUGCAGCGCGCGCAGGACAGCCGCGGCGCCGUCGCCGCCGUCGCCGCGUGCGGCGGGGACGCGUCGUCGUCGCACGACCACGAGCGCGGGAACGCGCACGGCGUGUCGUCGGCCGUGAUCGCGUCGGCGACGAUGCCGAACGACGCCGCCGACGACUGCGACGACGCCGAGGACCGCGCGAAGCUCGUCCGCCACCGCGUCAUCUCACAGGUGUUUGAGCUGGGUAUCAUAGUGCAUUCGAUUAUCAUCGGGAUAUCACUAGGUGCAUCCGAGAGCCCAAGCACGAUCAGACCGCUCGUGGCCGCGUUAACAUUUCAUCAGUUCUUCGAAGGGAUAGGGCUGGGAGGAUGCAUUGUUCAGGCUAGGUUCCAUCUUAAGUCUGCAGUGACAAUGGCCAUCUUCUUCUCGCUAACCACACCGGUUGGGAUUAUGAUCGGUAUCGGCAUCUCCUCCGCCUACAAUGAGAAUAGCCCCACGGCCCUGAUCGUGGAAGGCAUUCUCGACGCAGCGGCUGCUGGAAUCCUCAACUACAUGGCGCUCGUCGACCUUCUAGCUGAAGAUUUCAUGAACCCUAGGGUGCGGAAGAGCGGAAGGUUGCAGCUCAUCAUCAGCAUCUUGCUGCUGGUUGGGAUAGCUUUGAUGUCCUUGCUUGGUAUUUGGGCUUGAAUAAAACUUAAGAAGAAACUCCUUAAAUAUCUGACUACUCCCACUCCGUCUUAUAACAAAAGGGAUUUUGAAUAGAUGUAACAUAUCCAAGUACAAUGAAUCUGGACAUACUGUCUGUCCAGAUUCGUUAUACUCCCUCCGUCCCAAAAUAAGUGCAGUUUUGCACUAUUCACAUUUAACGUUUGGCCAUUCGUCUUAUUUGAAAAUUUUUUAUGAUUAGUAUUUUUAUUGCUAUUAGAUGAUAAAACAUGAAUAGUACUUUAUGUGUGACUAAAUAUUUUCAAAUUUUUCACAAAUUUUUCAAAUAAGACGGACGGUCAAACGUUGGGCACGGAUAUCCACGGCUGCACUUAUUUUAGGAUGAAGGUAGUACUAGCAUAUGUCACGUCCACCCAAAAUCCUUUAUAUGAUGGUGCCAUUCGUUAUGAAACUAUUGUUUUUAAAUAAAUUAAUUAUGACAUUCGUUCAGAAGUUCAACAAACGAAAUAAAGCUGCAUAUGGUGCCAUUUCAUUGUCC